AAAAUUUAAGGGGGUCUGAAUACUUUCCGUACCCACUGUAUAUUUAUGUAUGUAUGUAUGUACACUUAAAACAACCCAAUCGCUGGGUUUGUCCAUUUUCAGCCCAACUUGGGUUGUUUUUAACUCAGCAUUUUUUAGAGUGUACAUACACACACACACACACAAACACACACACACACACACACACACACACACACACACACACACACACACACACACACACAUACAUACAAAGAUGAUAGAUAGAUUAGACAGACAGAUGAUAGAUAGAUAGAUAGAUAGAUAGAUAGAUAGAUAGAUAGAUAGAACCUGAUAUUAUAAAUAAUUAUGAGUUUUUCUUGGAGCAAAACCACUCUCUUUUAGCAGUAUGUCUUGUGCUGUUGAUGUCUCACAUUGUUGGAAUGAGUUGAUGAGCUGGCACGUUGUUGGAAUAGAAAUGUGUUGAGCUUUUGUGUGGAUGAGCUUUGAGAAUAAACCACAGGCUUAUGCAGAGACCCAGAAACACAUCUUCUCUCCAAGAGGGAGGAUAUUCUCUGUACCCAUCUCAGGUACAGCACACAUGAUUUGUUUCUCUUGGUCCCUUUGUUUUCUCAGAAUCCCCUAACUUUCAUUUUCUCUGCCUUAGAUGAGUGGCUGGUUGAAGGGUUUCUGACUGUGAGGGGAGAAUUAAACCGAACUAAUUCUGAGAGGAUUAUCUGAAUGGGGCAAUAGAACAGAAGCUAGUGUUUGCCUGCUGAAAAGAUUGGAACAUUUCAGACUUUCUAAAAGUUUACAUAAGCAAAAUGUCUGAGCCUACUGCAGAGGACAAUAGAAAGCCGAUCAGCCAACAAGACCUUUGCAUUCCAGAAAAAGACGCCCCAAAAGACUCCUGCUGCUCCAGUCUAAAGAUUUUCAUUGUGGCCCUCUCCUUCGCCUACUUCUCCAAAACUCUGUGUGGGACCUACAUGAAAAGCGCCAUCACUCAGAUUGAGAGGAGAUUUGACCUUUCCAGCACUACCGUGGGCCUCAUUGAUGGAAGUUUUGAAAUGGGCAACCUGCUCUUUCUGGCAGUGGUUAGUCAUUUUGGGGCGAGACUGCACAGGCCACGGCUCAUAGGAAUGGGCUGUUUCCUCAUGGCCAUUGGCUCAGCUCUCACUGGACUGCCACACUUUUUCAUGGGGCGGUACAAGUAUGACUCUGUAAUACAAGGAUCUUUAAACAAUACUGUCAGUAUUGCUCCUUGUCAGUAUCCCAUGGUUCCAAACGAUUACUCAAAUGCACACAUCAAGCCUUCUAAUAACACUGGUACAGGUUGCGUGAAGGACCCUGAAUCUAGUAUGUGGAUCUAUGUGUUCUUGGGUAAUGCGCUCAGAGGAAUCGGAGAGACUCCAGUCACACCACUCGGCAUAUCUUAUAUUGAUGACUUUGCAAAAGCAGAAAACUCAGCAUUUUACAUUUCAUGUCUUCAGACCAUUAUGCUGCUGGGUCCCAUGUUUGGAUUCCUACUGGGCUCCAUGUGUGCCAGACUGUAUGUGGAUAUUGGAUUUGUCAAUAUUGAGUUGUGACAUCAAGAUAUAAUAAAUGCUGGAAUUUCAACUUACAUUUCUUGACUCUGUAAGUGAUGGAGUUUAACUUGCUGUCAGACUUCGUAAAGAUUAUAUAUGAAGGGAGGACAGUACAGUGAGAAGCUAUUAAGAAGCUACUGAAAAGCAAGCAUCAAGAUAAGAUGGAGGAUAAAUCCAGCAGAUCUGGGAAAGCUUCAUCGGUCAGUUCUAAGAGCGCCUCUUCAAGAUAUUCGGCCGAUGCAGCAGCAAAAGCAAGAUCGGUGCUGAAGCGGCACGAGCAUAUGCAUCAUUUGCAGAGAGAGAGCUGGCCAUGAAAAGAGAAAAAGCAAGAUUAGAAAGUCACGUUGGAGGCUACACUGGAAGCAUUACAAGCAGAAAAGGAGGCGGCAGCUGCACAGGCUGGGGCCGAAAUUCUAGAAGCUGCAGCAGAGGGGGGUGAAUAUCACAACGAUUCCAAAAGCAGUUCUGACACACCUCUAACUGUUCAAGAGCGAACAAAUGAGUAUGUUGAGGAUUGAAGUAAAUGGGUUGCCAUAGACACUUUUCCUAGAAGUUCAUCACAAAGCAACACAAAUCUUUCGUCAGCAACACAUGAUGUCACUCAGGUGAAUCAUUCACGCAACGAUGACACCACUUUACACGUUGUAGCCGAUGAACAACUAAAGAGGAACAAAGUCACAAAACCAGCUGAAUCACAAAUUCCCCAAAUUCAAAGUGUCCAGUUGCCAAACAUCCACAUCAUUAAACGAUCUACCUUCAAGAGCGACCCACCAUCACCUCAUUCGAUCAAUGUUCCUUGUCAGCAUUCCUUUGUACAUACGCUGCCAUACAAUCCUACCCAAGCAGCCAGCAUGACAGACUUCGCAAAAUAUUUUGCACGCAGAGAACUUGUUACUACCGGACUCACAAAGUUUGAUGAUUGUCCCGAAAAUUAUAGAGCGUUGCAAGCUUCUUUAAUUAAUGUCACCGAAGGACUGGAUCUGAUAGCAGGUGAGGAACUGGACCUCUUAGCACAGUGGCUUGGCAAAGAGUCAUCAGAGUAUGUGAAAAGAUUCAGAUCUGUGCACAUAAACAACCCCAAAUUAGCCCUUCAAAUGGUCUGGGACAGACUCAACCAGUGUUAUGCUGCCCCUGAGGUUGUAGAAAGUGCACUUUUCAGUAUGCUCAACAACUGUCCUUGCAUAUCCAACAAAGACACUUUCAAGUUAAGAGAUCUUGGAUGGUUACUUACCAGGGUUAACCUACCUAGACACUGCCCGUGGUAUCAACCCAAUUGCAGAUAAAUUGCUGCAUAAUCUGCAGGAGAAGUGGGUUUCCAUUGGAUCAAGGUACAAAGGUGAAUACAACGUAUCCUUUCCUCCGUUUUUCUUCUUCACACAGUUUGUUUGUUGUGAAGCCAGGACUGACACCACGAAAUUACCCCAGCUUCAAGCUGUCUACCAGCAACACCACGACUCCCAGGUAUGAGAAGCCCUUAGUAAGGAACACAGUAUCAAAAAGUUUCAUAUCUGCACACAAGACGGACAUAACCACCGGCUCCUUGGACCUCAAACACUGCAGAACAAGAGCGUACAGAACAAGAAAUUGAAAAGGAAGAGAACCUCAGUGACUCAGCUGCUGUAAGUUCCCAGUGUACAGAGAUAUGUGUUACAAACCAGCCAGCUCGUUCUUGUUUGAAAAAAUGCUUGGUGAAAGUGUAUUAGAAGGGAUAAGCACAACACGCAGUUAACAUGUAUGCAAUCCUUGACGACCAAAGUAAUCGCUCUUUGACUUAUUCAGAAUUCUUUGACUUGUUCGACAUUCAAAGCAGCCCGCAUCCUUACUCACUCAGAACCUGUGCAAGUGUCAUGGAGAUGAUGGGCAGGAAAGCGCAUGGAUUCCAGAUAGAAGCAUCUAGUGGAGGUGUGAGCAUCGAUCUUCCUCCACUUAUAGAAUGCAAUGAAAUCCUUGAUAAUAGGUCAGAAAUACCAACCCCAGAGGUAGCAGCGAGUCAUCCUCAUUUGAAACCCAUUGUAAGAUUCAUUCUAAAACUAGAUUCAAAUGCCCAAAUCCUGCUUUUGUUGGGGAGAGAUCUCAUCAGAGUGGAUAAGGCCAGGCAGCAAAUCAACGGUCCUCAUAAUUCCCCCUUCACUCAAAGACUUCUAGGCUGGGUCAUGAUCGGCGAAGUCUGCCUCGGUAAUGCUCAUAAGCCGAAUGUAAACAGCUUUAGGAUGAAUGUGUUAGAAAAUGGCAGACCUUCCUUACUCCUCGUGCAAGUCACAUUUCUUUGAAAGAAAGGGCAAAGCAUGGCGGGGAGUCCAAACAACAUAAUCCAGACCCAGUUACAAAGGUCCAUAAGACAUCAAAAUGACAUUGGUCGCAUAGUGUUUGAGAGAACUAAAGACAACAACAAUUGCGCUCUCUCCUUUGAAGACCAAGCCUUCUUAAAGAUCAUGGAGAGGGACUUUUACAAAGACGAGACAAACUUCUGGGUUGUUCCUUUACCCUUUAAAUCACUCCGACCACUCCUCUCUAACAAUUGAAAUCAAGCACUCUCACGGCUUCUCUCCUUGAAGCGCACUCUAGACAAAAGACCGGAGAUUAGAGAAAACUUUCAAGAAUUCAUGGGGAAGAUGUUUGAGAACAAGCAUGUUGAAUUAGCUCCUCCACCUAAAGAGAAUGAAGAAUCCUGGUAUCUACCAACCUUUGGAGUCUAUCAUCCAUGAAAACCAGACCAGAUAAGGGUAGUCUUUUGAUUUCAGCGCACAGUACCAUGGUAUCUCUUUGAACAGCAUCCUUCUCACAGGACCCGACAUGAACAACUCCUUCCUUGGAGUGUUGUUAUGCUUCCGUAAAGAACUGAUAGCUGUGAUUGCUGACAUUCAGCAAAUGUUCUAUUGCUUUGUGGUACAGGAUUAUAUCAGAAAGUACCUGAGGUUCUUGUGGCACAGAGACAAUGACGUAUCAAAAGAGAUCACAGAGUACCAGAUGCGUGUUCAUGUCUUUGGAAACAGCCCAUCCCCUGCCACUGCAAUCUAUGGUCUGAGAUGCGCUGCACAGGAAGGUGAACAUGAACAUGGGUCAGACACUCACCAAUUUGUUGAGAGGCAUUUUUACGUGGAUGAUGGUCUGUUAUCUCUGCCAAACGAAGAGGAUGCCAUCAGUCUGCUAAGGCGUACCCAGAAAGCUCUUGCACAGUCAAACAUAAAACUCCACAAAAUAGCUUCAAAUUCAACCACAAUGAUGAAAGCCUUUCCUGCAGAGGAUCUAACCAAAGGCAUAAAAGACCUGGAUCUUACCAAAGAAACUAUUCCAAACCAAAGGAGUUUUUGACUAUGCUGGGCAAUGGAGUCAGACACAUUCACCUUUCAAGUCACACGCUGAGAGGCAUUUCACUCGUCAUGGAGUGUUGUCUGUCGUUAAUAGCCUUUACGACCCACUUGGUUUAGUGACACCAGUGACUAUAAAAGGAAGAGCUUUACUGUGAGAAAUAUCUCAUGACACAAGAGACUGGGACAUACCACUCCCUAAAGUCAAACAAGAGAAAUGGGAAGUAUGGAAAAAUUCCUUACAAUAUUUGGAAAAUCUCCAUAUACCACGUACAUACGUCCCACUCUCACUUUCCAGUUCAAAGUACAGUGAGCUGUGUCUAUUCUCAGACUCAUCGAACAUGGCUAUAGCUGCAGUGACCUAUCUUCGAGUCUUUACUAAAGAGGUAUUAAGUCAUGUAGGAUUCAUUUUGGGCAAGGCUAAAAUGGCCCCUCAUCUACAGCCCACCAUUCCACGCCUUGAAUUGUGCGCAGCAGUAUUAGCUGUAAAAAUGGCAGAAAUAAUACUUGAGGACGUCGAUUUCGAACCAGAUGCAGUCAAGUUCUACUGCGACAGUAAGGUAGUUCUGGGCUACAUAUUGGCACCUAUGCAAAAAGGCCAGAACUCCCAAAGAGCUCUUAGCAGCCAAGCUUGGUAUCCUCAAAUCUGUGCAAAAAGAAACAUACAGCAAUGAAUUCAGCACCUUUGUGGAACAGAAGAACAUCCCAAAAAGCAGUGUACUUAUGAAGCUCAACCUUCAAAUUCACAAUGAUCUGCUCAGAGUAGGUGGAAGUCUGAAAAAUGCUUCUCUGGAUCAGCAUGAGAGAAAUCCGAUCAUUGUUCCCAAGAACAAUCAUGUCACAACCCUGUUGGUGAAACAUUACCAUCAAGAAGUGAAACACCAAGGUAGUCAAUUCACAGAAGGAGCAAUAAGGACUGCAGGCUUGUGUAUUGUAAAUGGCAAAAGGCUCAUCAGCUCCAUAUUGUACCGCUCUGUAACUUGUCGAAAACUAAGGGGUAGAUUUGCACAGCAGAAAAUGGCGAAUCUUCCACCAGAGCAUCUUGACUUGUCUCCUCCUUUCACUUAUGUGGGUUUGGACGUAUUCGGUCCAUGGACUGUUCUGACUCGACGCACUAGAGGAGGUGCAGCAAACAGAAAACAUUGGUCGAUCCUUUUUACGUGCAUGAGCACUAGAGCAGUUCAUUUGGAAGUGAUAGAGUCCAUGGAUACAUCCAGCUGUAUCAAUGCAUUACGUCGCUUCUUUGCCAUAAGGGGACCAGCAAAACAGCUUAGAUCUGAUUGUGGAACAAAUUUCAUCGGAGCUUGCAAAGAACUUGGUUUCAAAACAGAUCACACUGUCCAGAAGUAUCUAAGUGAAUAAGGCUGUUUAACCCCCCACAUGGGUGGUGCAUGGGAAAGAAUGAUAGGGAUCACACGCAGAAUCAUUGGCAGUAUGUUGCUGCAAAACAAAUCGAUCCAGCUUAUUCAUGAAGUUCUGUGUAUGUUGAUGGCAGAAGUGUCUGCAAUAAUCAAUGCCAGACCACUGGUUCCAGUCUCCUCUGAUCCAGAGAUGCCAUUGUUACUAACCCCUAACAUUCUGCUCACCCAAAAGACUGGGUUUCCCCUUGGAGUUCCUACCUGCAACUUUUCAGAUAAAGAUCUUAAUGGAAGCCAAUGGAGAAAAGUACAGACCCUUGCAAAUCAGUUCUGGACCCGCUGGAAGUAAGAGUGUCUACCCAUCUUGCAACAGAGAUGCAAAUGGACUGAAUCGCACAUUAAUCUUCAAGUUGGAGAUAUUGUUCUCUUGAGAGACAGUACCCUCGUAAUGAUUGGCCUAUGGCAAUGAUCACCAAUACCUUCCCAAGCACUGAUGGAUAUGUAAGGAAAGUAGAGGUUAAGACGACUUCUCAUGACAGUGUGACCAUUACUUCACAAGAUGCACGUUGGGUGGGCGCUUGGUGGCUGGGCUUCUUUGUGUCAUCUGCCAUUUUAGUACUUGCUGGUGUUCCUUUCUGGUUCCUGCCCAGGUCUUUAACCAAACAAGGAGAGG